AUGGCGUCCAGCCAGAGUGCUGGCACUUUCUGCGGUGCCUCUCAAUCUCAAUUAGCCCUUGCCUUGGCGAUUGUCAAGUCAAAGCCGUCGCAUAUUACGGUCAAAGACCAUAUUCUCUCAAUACGGCGACAUAUCUGUAACGGUAGAAAUCACCAUGCUCCUGAGAUGCCAGAGAAAUAUCUAGACAGCAUAACUUUCUGGCGGGAGGCAUAUGAGAAGUCAGAGUCUGCACAGAGCAAACUCCUUGAUAAGGUCUAUGAGCUGGAGCAACAGAAUGCAUCUUUGCUUGCUAAAGGGAGAGGAAACACUCUUCUCGGAUUUGAAGAGUCCAUGGCAAAGAGGAGAGUGAAUGGCAAUGGAGAUUCAACGGUGUCGAACCACUCCCUGAAGCGGGCUAAGACGGCGAAAAAUAGCAGAUCGAAUACAUCUCGUGCCCAGGAUAAACAAUUCCUUAGUGGAAGCGCAGAUGAGCUUGGAUAUUCUGACAGUGCUACAACUCCGCUCUUAAGACAUUUCCAUGCCCUCCAAAAACAACUGCAAAAGAAGACUGAUCCCGACGCCCUCGUUUCUACCUCUGUUGCGCUUUGUGAAACGGUUGACCUGUCGAUUCGGUCAAGAAUUGGCGAGAGAAAUGCCAGGACAAUGAAUUUAGGAAAACGAAAAACGUUACAGCCUCGCGAUCCAGACUUACAGCAUAUUUUAAAGGGAUUGAGCCCUUGUUAUCCGUUCCUUGUGCAGGCCUUGAACAAGGUGUCAGAGAAAGAUCCCACAAGCUCCGGUAUCGGGGUUAUCACUUACCAUGUUGUCAAUCUUUUUUAUAGAGUUCUUAGUCACUCUCAUCAGUAUAUCCUGUCAAAGGCAAAGGACAACAUAGCACAAGAAAAAUCUGUGGGUAAAAAAGUGAAACAGGGAUCCAAAACGAGAUUGACGAAAUCAACCGCCUCCACUUCUACUCAGCCUCCUUCGGAUGAGGAAAUCACCUUGAAACUUUUCUCUAAUUUUCUUACGGGCAUGAUUCUUUCGCUCAACCCCGUAAGGCCAGAAGAGAAUUGCUUACUAGAAGGGUUUCUAUUCUCACUUCUGGAGCAUGUGGGAAAAAUGCUCUCCCUCUUUGUGUUCAAAGAAUUAUAUUCCAAUCCCGACCUACGCUUGAAUUCCGCAAAGUUGCCGGUGCCUGGUAAUUUCGACAAAGAGUAUGCUGCCAGGGGAGAAAUGGCGGUUGCCCAGCGUGCUGCCGAGAGUGAAGCAAAGCAUCUCAUUUGGAUUCUUGAGCGGGCAAUUGCGUUUACGGACCAAUUUGAGCGUCCCAGCGACGAGACAAAUACACAUUCGGUUUCAACGGAAGCAACGAUACCACAAGGGAUGCUGGAGCGUGCCAGAACUAAACUGCAGAAUACGCUUUUGAAAGGGAUUUUUGGAGAGAAAGAGCAGGAGUUUAGGGAUUCUUUGAAAAUGCCAGAGAAGCCGGCUUAUUCACCUGGCGAACGCUCAAUUUCUAGGCAAACGCACGUUUCAGUAGAAAAGGAACCUGCUGAGUGGUUUACGCAAGAAGUGUGGAGAUUGGUUGGGUGGGACGUGUUGCUGAAGGAGAAGGAAUACUAA